AUGGAAUCCGGUGAACGUGUUGAUCACACGUGUCUACUGCGCAUGCUCCACUCCAUCCCGGAAGUUUUGAAGUGUGUGGCUGACAGCAGAAGUUUCUGUUCGCGGGGUUUCAACCCUGAGGGAUCGAUACUUAUCCGGUCGACCUCCACAGCAGUUGUGUUGCUGUGCGGUCCCUCCCGGGGUGAACCUCCCUCCCGGUCCCUCCCUCCCUCCCGGGGUGAAGCUCCCUCCGGUCCCGCUGAGCUGAGCUGAUGUCCGGCUUCGACCUCGUCCCGGAGGACGGCGGGGACCCCAUCCACCUGCCGCCGGGGGAGACGGUGCUGGGCCGGGGUCCCUUCCUGAGAGUCAGUGAUAAGAGAGUGUCCAGACAGCACGGGCUGCUGGAGAACCUGAACGGACAGCUGCGUCUCAAACCGACCCACCUGAAUCCAUGCUUUGUUCAGUCGUCCCCGACCGAAGACCCCCGACCUCUGCAGAGAGACUCCUGGCACCCUCUUCGUCACGGUGACUUGAUCUCUCUGCUGCCGGGGCAGCUCAUCUACCGGGUGGCGGCCGUGGGCGGAGGAGACCACACUCCCAGGAACAGUCAGAUGUUUGAAGACGAAGAAGAACUUCCUGUUUCUCCUGCGCCAGAUGUGGAGCCUCCUAUUGGGCAGGACCGUGGACAGACUCCUCCCACACCAGCAGCUCCAUCAAACCAGGAGGUCGCCGACAGAAGUCUGAACAAGAAAGACUCUGUCCAGUCAAAAGAAGAAGAAGAAGAGGAAGAGGAGGAUGAAGUCACUCCGUCUGUUCGCAGGAGAAGAGUUUUACCUGGGUGGAUGAUGGCGGCUGUAGUGACUCCACACGCUUCUUCGUCCAGCCCAAAAGUUCAGUCAGCCGUGAAGAGAAGUAAAGGAGCCUCAGCGGCGUCGACCGGCACUAAACGAGCCGCAGCCAAACAGUCCAAGACUUCCUCAGCUGAGGAGGCGGGGGUCAGCGAGGAGGAAAUGCCGAAGAAGAGGAGAAGGAAGAUCAGCGAUGAAGACGAAGCUCAGUCUAAAACAGACGUUCCCUCCCAGCGGCCCGCAGUUCGACCCCAGAGUGAAUCCAACAGGCCCGAGGUCAGCGACGAGUCUGACGGCUUCACCAUGGAGGUGGACGAGGAAGGCCGAGGAGGAGGGACCUCGACAUCGGCGUGUGCAGUCAGUCAGCCCGAGGAUGAAGACAGCCGGUGGAGAAACGGACGACAAACCAAACAGGCAGAGUCCGUGGGGAGCAACAGCGGCUCUGCGUCCGGACCCGCUCCGUCCAAACCACGACUCCGAACGGCGUGUCCGUACGGGAAGGACUGCUACAGGAAGAACCCGGUCCAUUUCCAGGAGUGCAGUCACCCCGGUGACACCGACUACGAGGAGGACGAGGACGAGGAGGAAGAGCGGCCCGAGUGCCCCUACGGCACGGACUGCUACAGGAAAAACCCUCUUCACAGGAAAGAAUUCAAACACACAAAGAAACCAGCCCGCACUACUCGCACCGCCCCCAACAAGACCUCCGCCGAUGACGAAGACGAGGACGAGGACUUCGGGGACGACGACAGCUUCAUUAAUGACGACAGCGAGGACGGGGGCGAUGACUCGGACUACGAGCCCCCGGACUCGGAUGAGGACAUCAAAGGACUACAGAGAGAAGCAAAGGCCCUUCUGAAGAGGAGGAAGUAGACUCAGACUCCUGUUUGUUUGUUUGUUUGUUUGUUUGUUUGUUUGUUUGUUUGUCUUAAAGCUGCGACAGGCGGCCUUUUUAUGUGCACUGACAGACCGGUGACACCACCAAUGAGACCGAGGCAGCAGCUGAGGCCUCGACAGACUCCGGUGAACCUGGGAAUGAGUCUGGAUCUCACUUUAAUACUGUUGUCGUGCUUCCUUUAAACAAAUGACUUGUUCUGGUGUUAAACAGCGAUACCCAGUCCAGAUUAAAGGUCGGGUAGAACAUUAAUAUAACACUGGACCACCAGAACCGUCUCUGUUAGUGUUUCCAACAAUCACCAGCUCUGGUUUGGUGGAAAUAAAUCCUGAAUUCACCGACGUAGACGAUAAAAACAGCAGUUUCAGUUGAAGAUAAAAGCAACAUAAUUUACAUACAUCUGCAGUAAGUGUUAUGUAUAAACACCAACAGCACGUUGAGCUCUCAGGACCUCGGCGUCGGCCUCUCUCUCUGUUUACUCACGUCGUAUCUAAACAUUUCUGCGUUCAUUCGCUUCCUGCUGCCAUCGUGUCGCCAUGGCAACGUCAGUCACAACAAUGGCCUGCAAUAAUUCAGGUUGAUUUGAAGGACAGUGUUUUUGUAUGAAAGUCCUUCCUCAUGCAGCUUUAAAUGAAGAAAUGUUCUCUUAUUUCCAAUGAACCUCUCUGUCUGUUCUUGUUGAUUGAGUGUCUGUGUAAAUAUGUCACAUUUAGGAGUUUUAGGAGUAGAUCUCUUAGAAUUUUUACUCUAUUUGUUGGACCUUUGUUCUUACCUUGUUUAAAUACACCUGAUGCGAAAGUG